AAGGAAAACGAUAUUUUAAUAGUCCCAAGAGACCAACCUUUGACCAAGAAGCGUCGAUAUCAAAGAUAAGUGCGUCAGAAAAGCAAUUAGUGUUUCAGAAAGAUUAUAUUUUAUAUUUCAUGGGAAAAAUAACCAGAUGACUGUAAAAAUUUGUUAAAACUAGUAAAAUUUGUAUAAUUGGUCACCUAUAAAAAUAAUAUUUAGAAAAGUUACUUAUAUAAGUAAUUUGUAAAAUAGCCUCGUUUUCAACAUUACUUAUAUAGGUAAUUUAAAAAGUUAUUUGUUUAAGUAAUGCCCCUGACUGUUAAAUGAAAAGUUUGCAAGAUAUAUUAAUUUUAUUUAAUUAUCAUACUUCAAUUCAGAUUCAAACAACUUUUCAGCACACAUUGAUUAUUUUACCGACAUUUGUUACACGCUUGCUUAAGAAAUGAUCUCCUUUGUUCAGCUGUAAUGUUCAGUAAGAUUAAUUUUCAAAUGAUUUUUUUUCAGAUAUAAUUCUGCAGAGAAUAAGGAGAUGUCCGAUUUCAUCAUUAAAUUCGUAAAAGGUCAAUAUCCUGACGAAGUGGAGGGGGUUGUAAGAGAAGGAAUAAAGACAAAUUUUGAAUCGUUCAAAGCAAAGAAACGAAGAGAAGAGACUGGUAAACAAGAAGAACAUAACAAGAAAAUGGCUGUGUACAGCAGAUUGAAAAGAAAAUUAAACAACAGAAAAAAGGCAUUAAAAGAAAUAUCCAGCAUGCCAAAAGAACAAAAAGAAACAGUUCUGCAAAGUAUGGAGAUACAGUAUAUGUCUUCUGAACAAUUCGAUUCAGAACUGAGACGAAGGGUCGUUUAUCGUCACACUUCUGCCUUGGAGGUCUGA